UUUCACAAAAACCCCUAAACUGAUUUUCAUUCUCCUCCGCUCUUCCCUAACUCUGUCUUCCAACUCCUCUAUCUCGUCACAGUGUUAUCUUCUUUCCUUCUCAUGGAGAGAGCGGCUCUUUUACGCUCUCUUUCUUCUACUUCUCAGCUCGCUGGCUCCAGAAUAUUCUGCCGUUCUUUACACCGAUUACCACGCUUCUCUCCUAAACGACACCGUCCACUUGCAAAAACUCAGCAACGAUCGAUUCUCCCGUGCCGUCAUCACCUUCCCUUGCUCACCGCUGUCUCACAUCCUUCACUUCAUUUCCGAAGAGACUUCUCCCCUUACUCCAUCAGAGCUAUUGCCACAUCAGCACCACAGUCCUCUCCAGAGGCGCUUGGCGCGGAUGAUGACGUGGCUGACAAGCUUGGUUUUGAUAAGGUGUCGGAGCAGUUUAUUGAGGAGUGUAAAUCGCGAGCUAUUUUGUAUAAGCACAGGAAGACGGGAGCUGAAAUUAUGUCGAUUUCAAAUGACGAUGAGAACAAAUGCUUUGGCAUUGUCUUCCGGACACCUCCGAAGGAUUCUACAGGAAUUCCUCACAUCUUGGAGCACAGUGUCCUGUGUGGUUCAAGAAAGUAUCCCUUGAAAGAACCAUUUGUUGAGUUAUUAAAAGGGAGUUUGCAUACAUUUUUAAAUGCAUUUACCUACCCAGAUAGGACUUGCUAUCCAGUAGCUUCAACAAAUACAAAGGACUUUUAUAAUUUGGUUGAUGUAUAUUUAGAUGCUGUCUUUUUUCCUCAAUGUGCGGACAAUCUCCAGAUAUUUCAACAAGAGGGGUGGCAUUAUGAGCUGAAUGACCCUUCUGACGAUAUAACAUUUAAAGGUGUUGUCUUCAAUGAAAUGAAAGGUGUUUAUUCCCAGCCUGAUAACAUCUUAGGCAGGACUUCCCAGCAGGCUCUUUUCCCAGACAAUACAUAUGGUGUUGAUAGUGGUGGUGACCCUCAAGUUAUUCCCAAGCUAACAUUUGAGGAGUUUAAGGAGUUUCAUCGCAAAUAUUACCAUCCCAGCAAUGCCAAGAUAUGGUUCUAUGGAGAUGAUGACCCAAACGAACGCCUACGUAUUUUAAGUGAAUACCUAGACAUGUUUGAUGCAAGUUCAGCUCCUAAUGAAUCAAUAAUUCAACCACAGAAAUUAUUUUCAGAGCCAGUUAGGAUUGUUGAGAAAUAUCCUGUUGCAGAAGGCGAUGAUUUGAAGAAGAAGCACAUGGUUUGCCUUAAUUGGCUACUCUCUGAGAAGCCACUAGACUUGGAAACUGAGCUUGCCAUGGCUUUUUUGGACCAUCUACUAAUUGGCACCCCUGCUUCUCCUUUGAGAAAAAUUCUGCUGGAAAGUGGUUUAGGGGAGGCUCUUGUUGGGGGUGGGAUUGAAGAUGAGCUCCUUCAGCCCCAGUUUAGUAUUGGACUGAAGGGUGUCCAGGAAGAUAACAUUCAAAAGGUAGAAGAACUAAUCAUGAAGUGUUUAAAACAAUUAGAAGAGGAUGGUUUCGAUUCAGAUGCUGUGGAAGCAUCAUUGAACACGAUUGAGUUCUCUCUUAGAGAAAAUAACACUGGCUCAUUCCCGCGUGGCUUAGCCCUGAUGCUUCGUGCCAUUGGAAAAUGGAUUUAUGAUAUGGAUCCUUUUGAACCAUUACAAUAUCAGAAGCCUCUAAUGAACUUGAAAGCAAGAUUAGCAGAGGAAGGCUCCAAAGCUGUUUUUUCUCCACUAAUAGAAAGGUUUAUGUUGAAGAAUCCACACCGGGUAACUGUUGAAAUGCAGCCCGAUCCUGAGAAAGCUUUUCAUGAUGAAGAAGCAGAGAAACAGAUCUUAAACAAAGUCAAAGCAAGCAUGACACAGGAGGAUCUUGCUGAGCUGGCACGUGCAACAGAGGAGUUGCGGUUGAAGCAGGAAACCCCUGAUCCACCAGAAGCUCUAAAAAGCGUACCAAGCCUAUCCCUCGAAGAUAUCCCUAAAAAACCUACGCAUGUGCCCACUGAGGUUGGGGAUAUUAAUGGCGUAAAAGUUUUGCAGCAUGACCUCUUCACAAAUGAUGUUCUGUAUGCAGAAGUUGUCUUUAACAUGAGCUCAUUGAAGCAAGAGCUGCUUCCUUUGGUUCCACUUUUCUGUCAGGCACUAAAGGAGAUGGGCACAAAGGAUAUGGACUUUGUACAACUAAACCAAUUGAUGGGAAGAAAAACUGGAGGCAUAUCAAUCUACCCAUUCACAUCAUCAGUGCAGGGCAAGGAGGAUCCAUGUACUCACAUGGUAAUUCGAGGGAAAGCCAUGUCCUCACGAACUGAGGACCUUUUUAACUUGAUGAACCGCCUUCUUCAAGAUGUCCAACUCACAGACCAAAAGCGUUUUAAGCAAUUUGUCACUCAAAGCAAAGCAAGAAUGGAGAAUCGGUUGAGAGGAAGUGGUCAUGGUAUUGCGGCUUCUAGGAUGGAUGCGAAGCUUAAUGCUGCUGGAUGGAUCGCGGAACAAAUGGGUGGUGUCAGCUACCUUGAAUUUGUGCGAGGUCUUGAAGAGAAGGUUGACAAUGAAUGGCCUGAAAUUGCCUCCUCACUUGAGGAGAUCAGGAAUUCCUUGUUUUCAAAAGACAGAUGCCUAAUAAAUCUCACUGCAGAUGGAAAAAAUCUUGCAAGUGCAGAAAAAUAUAUCAGCAACUUCCUCGAUUUGCUUCCUCGCUCUUCCUCAGUUGAAUCAUUUGCUUGGAGUGCACGACUUCCUUCAACAAAUGAAGCCAUUGUGAUACCUACUCAGGUAAAUUAUGUUGGAAAAGCAGCAAAUCUGUACGAUGCUGGAUAUCAGCUUAAAGGGAGUUCAUACGUGAUAUCUAGGUACAUCAGUAAUACAUGGUUGUGGGACCGUGUACGAGUUAGUGGAGGAGCUUAUGGUGGAUUUUGUGAUUUUGACACGCACUCAGGAGUCUUCUCAUUUCUAUCUUAUCGCGACCCUAAUUUGUUAAAGACGCUUGAAGUGUAUGAUGGAACAAGUGAUUUUUUAAGACAAUUAGAGAUGGAUGAUGAUAGUUUGACCAAGGCAAUAAUUGGGACCAUAGGAGAUGUAGAUUCAUACCAGCUACCUGAUGCCAAAGGAUAUAGUAGUUUACUACGGCAUCUACUGGGAAUAACAGAAGAAGAAAGGCAAAGGAGAAGAGAAGAGAUCCUAUCUACCAGGUUGAGUGAUUUUAGAGAAUUUGCUGCUGUAAUUGAGGCUGUUAAAGAUAAAGGGGUGGUGGUUGCUGUGGCAUCUCCAGAUGAUGUUGAAGCUGCACACAAGGAGCAUCCUGCCUUCUUCGAAGUCAAGAAAGCCCUCUAAAAUGCACUCUCCUUGGAAAAGGACACACAUCUUUACAGUUUGCUGGAUGGAGAUGCACAUGGCAGCACUAAUAUUUGGCUGAAAUUAAUGAGUCUUAAUAUCCACUAACAUAAGCAUUAAAAUGGAACAGCUUUUCGCAUCCACUACAUUAAAAGAGUAUUAACAUCCACCAUGUAAACUACGAGCUUGGCUGCUACUGUUUCAAAAAGAAAGCAAGGCAAAGACAUAUGGGGUUACUGUCAAAUUUUUGUCAUUCAAAUGGAAUACC